CCGGCGAGAGGGUGAGGCAAUGACAGGAUGCCUCCGAGUCGUAUGUGUGUCCCGAAAAAAUCGAGAAUCGGUUUUGCUAAUAGAUUCACCACUGCGGUACUCGUUCUGGUACUUUUUGUCGAACGGAGACGUGCAUCAAGUCUGAUGAGCAAUUCAGUGGAUGAUUGGGUGAGUGGUAGUGCAGUUAUUUGCAAUGGUAUACCAGGUCUUACCAAAGAGCAGAGGGAUCUCUGUUACAUCAGCCCCGACGUUACAGUUGCCGCACUCAAGGGCCUACAAAUGGCUAUUGCCGAGUGUCAGCAUCAGUUUACCUGGCACAGAUGGAAUUGUUCAUCCCUCACUGCCAGCAGCAGAACCCAGAAGAGCAGUGUCCUUCUUCAACGAGGUUACAGAGAGACGGCAUUUGCUUAUGCAAUAUCAGCAGCUGGUGUUGCACACUCGAUAGCAAGAGCCUGCAGUAUGGGACGUCUCAUAUCGUGUGGAUGUGAUCCAUCGAGUUACACAGGUAGAACACCCACUAAAGCACGAAGUACUCACUGGAAAUGGGGCGGUUGCUCCCACAAUCUCGAGUACGGAAUGGAAUUCUCCAGGCAAUUUCUCGAUUCCAGGGAGAAGGCUGGCGACAUCCAGUCCACUGUUAAUCUCCACAAUAAUCAAGCUGGACGUUUGGCUCUAGCAAACAACAUGCAGAUCCGUUGCAAGUGUCACGGAAUGUCUGGCUCGUGUGAAUUGAAAACCUGCUGGAAAGUAGCCCCUGAUUUUCGACAGGUGGGUAAAACCCUGAAGGAUCGUUUUCGGGGUGCUAUUCUCGUUGCCCAGAGUAAUCUGGGUAAUGUAACACCUCUGACGAGGAUACGGGGCUCACGUCGACGUCGACCCGAGCGACGACAGAAAAAAUAUCGUCCAGGACGUGACAACAACGCCGGUAGCAAGAAGAAAAAAAGCCAGGGCCUGGCUAAACAACUUUUCUACUAUCAGAAGUCACCAAACUUCUGCGAGAGGGAUCCUUAUCAGGAUAUACCUGGUACAGCUGGUCGCAGGUGCAACAGGACAAGUCCAGGGGGUGAUGGAUGUGCGUCAUUGUGCUGUGGACGUGGUUACAAUGUCGUUAGACAGAGGAGAAUCGAGAGAUGCCGAUGCAAAUUUCACUGGUGCUGCGUUGUACAGUGUCAAAAUUGCACAGUCGAGGAAUGGAUAACUGUAUGCAAGUGAAUUUAUUUAUUUAUCGUGGCAAUGAGAGAAAAAUUCAGUGGUAAAUUAAUUUUUUAUUAUUGUAAAUCAUCACUGCAUUUCAUUGUUCGUGAUUUAUUCCCUUGGACACGUGUAAAAAUGUAUUUUUAUUAGAUUAAUGAAUUUUUAUCCAUCGAUUUUUCUCUCGAUUUUUUUUUAUUACUUUAGCUCAACUGGAGAGAUAUAUUUCGUGGAGAUUUUUGGCUGAUGGACAUCCCAGUGAUUAAUUUAUUGAUGAGGAAAUUAUAUAUUUAUAUAAUAUUUCUUCCAUAUUUACUAGUUGAAUAAUUAUGAAAUUUGCAUAAAUUCGCAUGGCUUUAAUAUUCAGUAUCGAUAAAGAAUUAUCCAAUCAUGGGACACGAACUAGUUAUUGAAUCGUGGUAUUUUAAUUUAUUUUCUAGGUUUACUUGUAAUACUGUAACUUAUUUAAUUGUCACUGUAUUAAUUUAAAAAUCAAACGAAUCAACUCUCAACUGUAACACCUCUACCGCAGUAUUAUUAGAAGAGUUAAUAAAUAAUUCAGAUCACCGAGACGAGAAGGUAAA